AUGUCCUUCACGAAUGCGCCCGUCUCCAGGGUUAUGGUCUACGGUUUGAUAGGCAUCUCCGUAGCCGUUAGCCUGCUGGAUCUGAAGCACUACUUCUACAUCUUGGUUGACCUUCAUCUCUGGCGCUUUCACCAAACAUGGCGCGCACUCAUCUACCAGUUGUGCUACACCAAUUCCUCAGAGGUAUUGUUUGGCGCAAUGACUCUCUACAGCCUCAGAGUCGUUGAGCAUAUGUGGGGGUCGCGGAAGUACGCAUCAUUCCUUAUUGUCACGUCGCUGUUCACAAGUAUACUACCGACAGGCAUUCUCGCAUUCAUUUUGAGACCGUUGACUUGGGGCCUCUUCAACUACUUGCCUGCAGGCCCAACUCCGAUCAUAUUCGCCAUACUGGCUCAAUACCAUGCCACCGUCCCCCACAUGUACAAGUACCGGAUAGCCACCUCAGCCUCUCCGACCGAUCAGUUUCAGGGUGUUACCUUGUCGGAUAAGUCGUAUAAAUACCUACUUGCGGUUCAACUUGCUUUCUUCCAAUGGCCAGGCUCGCUGCUGGGAGCAUUAAUUGGCUGGGUUGUAGGUUAUGCCUGGAGGCUGGAGAUGCUCCCUAGAUCCCUCACCAGAUGGAGAAUACCCGGCUGGAUGGUUGGAAUUCGCACGCAGAAGAGAAGCGAAGAGUUCGAAGGUCUCAGAAGAAGGCUAGAAGGAGAGGGGACAGCGGCCAGCGCAACAGGUAUCGAGAACAACGAUGGUGGAGAGGUAGGCAGGCGCCGCAACAUAGGUCAGCAGAUUGUAGAUCAGUUCAGAGGAGCUAUCUGA